AUGCCAAAGCAGAAAUCGAAGACGGCGACGUUGUUCGAUAUCCGAUUGAAGAACUGCAACCACGAUGUCUUGUUGCUUAAGGGAUCAGAACAUAAUGCUGCGUCCACUUUCAUUAGCGGCAAAAUUGUGCUUUCGGUCAACGAGCCCAUUUCCGUGAAAAAGAUCACCCUUAGGUUAUACGGUACCCUUCGUCUAAGGUAUACCGACGCAAGGGGCUCCGUACCUAAACCAGCAAGAUUCGAGAAGAAAGUUUAUGAGUAUGUUUGGGAUCCAGCCGAAAUUUCGAAGUACUUGAACAACAUGUAUGAGAACUCCAGCAGUGGGGGCAGUGCCGCCUUCACAGGAGCUUCUCCGCCAAGCUCGGGAAAUGGUCUCGCCAGAAGUCCAAUCAAGUCCAAGGCAUCCUCAACUUCGUUGAAGAGCUUGGGCAUGACAUUUCGCUCGAUGUCUUCAACGUCGUUAUCUCACCAUGGAAAUCUGACGGGCCAUGGUGGUUCCUCGGCGUCAUCGUCAUCCUCGAAUUUAAACUCAAGGGGAAGUCAUCUUCUCGUCCAGGGCAAUUAUGAAUUCCCUUUCAGUGCGAUUCUACCAGGUGACAUGCCUGAAUCUGUGGAGGGGUUGCCAGGCGCCAGCGUGGUGUACAAGCUUGAGUCUACUAUUGACAGAGGAAAGUUUCAUCAUCCUAUGGUGACCAAGAAGCACGUUAGAGUGGUGAGAACCUUGACGACAGACUCUGUCGAGCUUUCUGAGACAGUGGCUGUUGACAAUACCUGGCCUAAGAAAGUCGAGUAUUCCCUCAAUGUUCCCAGCAAAGCUAUUGCCGUCGGGUCAGGUACACCCAUUUCUCUAAUGCUUGUUCCUCUUCUUAAAGGCCUACAAUUGGGUGAGAUAAGAAUAUCUUUGGUGGAACUUUACUCAUACGUGGGCUACUUGCCACCCGCUUACACAGACGAGCGCAUAGUUUGCGAGAAAGUCAUCCCAAUGCCUCGUCCCGAUGAUCCACAUUUUCAAAUGGACAAAUGGGAGAUCGACACAUUCCUUAGAAUACCACCAAGCUUGUCGAAGUGCACUCAGGACUGUGACAUACAAACUCAUGUCAAAGUCAGACAUAAGCUUAAGUUCAAUAUUGGCUUGUGUAACCCUGAUGGUCACACAUCCGAGCUUCGUGCUUCCUUACCGGUACAGAUAUUCAUUUCCCCAUUUGUUACCGUUAGUGCCAGAACUGAUGAUAGUGAGGAUCUUCAAGAACCACAACACCAUAAUGAAAACGCCGACGAAGAAGUGUUGUUCUCUAGUGAUCCUCACAACACAUCGUUGACCAAUUUGCAUCAGUAUGAGCAACUGUUCCGAAACUCAGACGAUGCCAGCCCAAAUGAACCUCUACGGUCCAACCCGCACUCAUACUCAUCUUUUACUGGACUCAUUGCACCUCCAAUGUAUGAGCAACAUGUCUACGAUCAAUUGUGGUCAGAUGUGUCACCAAUGGAAUCACCAAUCACAUCGGGUGCAUCGACGCCCAGAUCCAGACCUAGCGCAGAUGUGCUGCAGUUUAGUAUGAGCAGUAUUGACACCGCCCAAUUGACAGAAAACUUGCGUCAGCUCAAGUUGCAAAGGCAGCUUCAGGAAGGCCCCGAAGGAAACACUGUUCUGUCGCCAGCGUCGCGGGAAAGAGCCAUCUUCACAAUGGACGGUGAGCAGGAGGGUGAUUACUUCGCCAGACGACCAGCUUUGCAAUCACAUCUUCUGCAAGGCCAUAACAGUUGCUCUGGAACGAACUCAGCAUUAGGCACUCCAGGUGGCUAUUACGGCGGUGCUAUACAAUCUCCAGGUCUUAUGACACCGCCAGUACAUCUUUCACGUACUACGUCGGAAACCAACCUUGAACCCGAUGACAUGUACCGAGUGCCCAGCUAUAACGAGGCCAUCAAGGGUGACGUCCAGGACACACUCUCGCCUGCGUAUCAGCCUCCGCAGCCAGGCUCCAACAUCAAUGCCGAGGAAGUGAAUAGAAGAUUUGAGGAGAACAUAUCACGAUCGACCACGCCUGUUGGGCUGGCGCCAAACAGAAACAACAGAGGGCUUUUGAGUCGCGCAGGCAGCUCAAUCAACUUGAUGAGCUCUUCGAGAGCUUCCUCCAACAAACUGUCUCCAUCAUCAUCCAGGAAUGUGUCGAGCACCAACUUGUCGAACUUGCUGGGAGACAACGUUUCACGCCAGUCCCUGAGACGAGGCCGGGGCACGGCCACCUUUUCAAUGACUCCGAUUUAA